AUGCUGCAGGUGAACCUGCCACAAGUCGGAAAGUUCGGUGUCGAAUUAAACAUCGUUCACAUUGCCCACUGCGAGAAGGCUCAGGAAGUCCUUGAUCGACAUAAACUUGCGUGGGGAACGAUUUUCGAACUGGCACGAGGCGUCACUCGUGGCAUGUGGACAUUCCAAGACAUGACGGAGCAUCGUCUACAAAAACUUCAAGGUUCAAACGCUCAAUCUGCCUGGAAAGUGGCUACCGUCAUGGCAGACAAAGUGCCAUCUGCGAUAGGAGCAUCAUCAGAACUUUGGCUCGAAUAUGACCGGGAGCAGGUCGCGAUUGUCGAAAACCAAGGUCGCGGUUUGGGAACUAUGGGACAGUGGGAAGGAAAAGACCAUUGGUACGGAGGGAAGAUCCAGCAAGUUGCCCGUGUCGUAAAAGCUGGAACGUCUUUUAAAUUCGAACUCGAGAAACCAGAAAUUCGGAGAUCACAUCGAUUCGCUCGUUUCUUGGGGUCUCGGCGCAUCCUCCAAGUCCGCGUGCCAGAUAACCUUACCUAUGAUAAAGUCGGCUCGGCACUUCGGGAAUUCGUAAUAUCAAGUAAAUUCGUGUUGUGUGGCCGCGUCUUCGUACCCUUCCAUGCUAAGGAAGGGAGCAUGUACCUUUUUGAAACGAACGAGAACAUUGAUCGCCAGACAAACCUUGGCGAUGGCGACAGUCACAGACUGACACUCGACCAGUUCGUGAAAUGGCACAACCCUCUGAGUUUGAAUUGGAAACAGCCCAUUAGCAAGUGGUCUACACGAUGGGCGCUCGGCCUAUCGACGUCAGUGCCAACAAUUGAAUUCUCUCCAGGAAACAUAUUUUUCAUCAGCGACCAACAUGCUGUGGACUGGGGCAAGGGAAAGCCCCCAGCCGAAAAAAUCAUGACUGAUGGGUGUGGUUAUAUCAGCGGUGCGGCCUUGACGGCCAUCAUGCGAGUGAUGAAGUAUUCGAGUAGACCGACCGCCGUACAAGGACGCAUUGCUGGUGCAAAGGGAAUGUGGGUUCUGCACCCAGAUCCCGCGCAUCAAAUCGCCGAUGGACCGCCUACAAUUUGGAUACGUGAUUCACAAAAUAAGAUCAAUCUUGGCUCGCUACACAAGGUCGAUAGCGCGCACAGGAUUUUCGACCUCCUUGCGCCAUCUCGGGUAACCGGGCCAAGCCGUCUGUCGAGCCAGACGCUCGUCAACUUGGCGCAUGGCCGUGUUCCCCUGCCUGUUCUGAAGGAUCUCAUGGCAGAUGGGCUUCACGAGGAAGUCCGUCAGCUGACUGAAUGGAGUGGACCGGACAGCAUGCUUAUGGUCUGGCGAGCUGUGGAGCAAGCCGGCCGUGUUGUAACAUCGAGGCUGCGGCGGCGCAUUGCUGGCCAGGCACGAGCGCUUGGUCUUGGUCAACUCCGACCCAACGAAGAGCUCGCUGCCGGAAUUGAUGAUAGCGACGAUGUCGCAGUGAGCCCAUCGCUGGGUAACUCGGUUAAUCGGGGUCGCAAUCCUUACAGUGGUGAACCGCUGACUCUACACGAGUCGGUUCUCGAACUCCUGCAGGCCGGUUUUCAUCCUCUUAAGCUUGACCGACUUUUUUACAAACUUGAGUACGUGGUGACCCAAGUCCUCGACGACUACAUUGAGAAAUUCCACAUUCCGGUCAAGGAAUCCCUCGAAGCAUAUAUCGUACCGGAUCCGUAUGGGGUCCUCGAGGAAGGGGAAAUACAUUUUCGUUCUUCAGAACUCAUCACCGACCCCGAAAGCGGUACCCAGAUGGAUACCGUGACAGGGUCAGUUUUGGUCACUGCCAUCAGCCACCCAAAAUUGGCUAAUUACUUCGAUGUCAUCGUGUUCCCUGUGAGAGGGGAGCGCUCGUUGGCGAGCUACUUGGGUGGAGGAGACACGGUCACGUUGGUCUGGUCCAAACGCCUUGUUGAAAGCUUCAAUACCGCACCACUGUGUACGGCGCCUGCGGGUUUGAGCGACGACUUUGAGAGAGAAGUUGAACAUGUUAAGGAUUUUAACCGACGAGUAUCCAAGCUCUCUGCAAAGGAGGCUCAAACCGCGUUCCAGAAGGUCCUCCUUCUUGGACUCGCAGAGACAAAAGUCGGAUUAUAUUCGAAGUUCCAUGACCUUGCUGUGUUCACUACCUGCCUUGAUGCGAGCAAGACGGGGCUGCGGGUCAAAGCUCAUGUCUUCGAGGAAGAUCGCAAAUCUUGUGGGAACCGCAAGCCUUAUUACAUGGUCGCUCUCGAACAGAAGACCGAGGGUCAAGCGGUAUCGAAGCGCAAGGGCUCGACUCCAUACAUUCUUGAUGCCCUUGUUGAUGAGGGCCGUCGCCUCCGCGACGAUUUCCUCAAACAAUAUUCCAUCCUCCGGAGUUCUUCCACCAAGACGGCAGACCACGACCUCACCUCCCCUUACCUUUCUGCGUCUCGUAGGGCAACGCAAGCUUCGCACACGGGUUUUCACAUUCUGCAAGACAACUUAAGCGCUGUCAAAGCCCAUGUCCAGAGAGCAUAUGGGGAUUGGCAAGCCGCCGUUGCUCUCCAGAAGAAGGCUUCGGAAGGGAGGGGGUCUUCGGAUCCCAAGUCACAAGCGAUCCAAAAAUCGGUGCAACACUUUGCGCGGCGGCCAGAGGUUUUGUUUUUUUCUGACGAGGAACUCAAAAUUAUCAUGGCAUCCUACGCAUACAAUCUUAGCAGUGCAUUCGGCUUCUCCGUUGCCUUCGCAGAGCUCUGCGCCAUCAAGGCACGAGUUCAAGGUGCUGUGCUUUUUGCAGAUAGGUUCGCAGAAGUGAUGUGUAUUCCUAACAAUAUUCUUCGAGCCCUUUCACAAGCACAGGAUGACGUGGAUGAUUGA